AUGCUUGGCAAGCGCAAAGGAGCUGAGAAGCAAGCAGGUGGUCAAAAAGCAAAAGUUCAAGCCAAGAAGAAAAAGGUAGCAAAGGCCGAGACGAAGAUACUCACAGAUUUCACAGACACAACCUUCAUUGAUAGUGAUGAAGAGCCCGACACCUGCAUAGGAGGUGUGAGGCUUACCCCAAUCUUGCUCAAAGUCACAAGGCUGUGCCGCGAUUCCCAGAAUCAAGACAAGAAAUGGGAAAGCGGAGCAUGGGAAAUUGCCAUCUUGGGCAACUUUAAUCAGGUGACUUUCCUAAUGGGAAUGGAAGCCCAGAACCAGGUCCUAGGCCAGUGCAGAAUCCAGCUAGGCCAGCUCUUGCUUGAAGUAAGGCUUGUCUUCACUGUCUUUGACUCUGUCAUCACUGUUGGCAACAUUGUCAACAUCAUUGCUCACCUGCAUCACGAGGUAGUGGUCCUGACUGCUGUGAAGUCAAAUGCCAGUAAGGCCGAGGGGUCAAAAGCAUCUGCUGAUGUCAAUAUUGGCAGCGACUCCAAUGCGAACAACAACAAUGAUCCCAUCAAGGCUGCACAUGAGAAGUCCGCCAGCACAAUGAUGAAUCGGAUAUUCAUGGGAGAGGGGAGAAAAAACUUGAAGCUGCGGGGUGAUCGAGCAUUAGCUGUGCUCAUAGCUUGUGCUGGCAUUUCACCAAACAUUGUGGACUCACAGCAGUUCAAGGACUUUGUGACCAUCAUUGGUCGUGGGGUUUAUGGAUCCCCAUCAUCGACAACCCUCCGCAAUCAUCUUAUUCCCAAAGAGGCAACCUACAUUCACAUUCAAACUAUAGAGCUCCUUAAAACACAGCAAGACCUCACACUAUCUUUCGACAGGGGUAAGACACGGAAGCCAAAAGGUGUCUAUACUAUUCAUAUCAGUACACCAGAGCGCCGGGUCUUUCUGAUGGACCUGAAUGAUACCUCCCGUGUUAGCCAUACCGCAAAUUAUAUUGUCGAAAUCCUGCAAGAGAUCAUAGCAGGUGUUGGUGCUGAGAGGUUCUCUGGCAUCAUGUCAGAUAACACAGGAAAUACCCGGAAGGCUUGGCAGCUGAUAUGCACGAUGUUUACGCACAUUUUCAACAUGCAAGACUCAUGUUAUGAGAUGAAUCUCGCAUUAGGUCAGAUCUCAGAGCUUCCUGAAUUCAAGGAUGUAUGCACCUCACUGCCAUAUUAUGUCAUCAUCCUUGUGAUCUCUGACAUGAGAGCAAUCUUGGCAUUCAUGAACAAAUUGACAUACAUGAUGGAGCACUUCAAUGAUGCACACAAAUAUCUGAACAUUACUAUAGGGCUCGCAGCAAUUGGGGAUACUCAGUUCACUACACUGACAUGGACCACAAUCUCUGUAUGGGAAUGUCUUCCAGCUUUCCGGAAGAUUGUUGCCCAACGUGAGCUUAAUAUAGAAAUUGUGUCAAGAAACCACCUAUUUGAGCCAAAUACCCAUGAGACAUUACAGUUCAAACUCAGCUUAAAAAUGUUCAUUGCGGUAACCUCCCCCUAUGCAAAAGCAAUUAAAUGUCUCGAGUCAUCCUUGUCAACUGCCUCUGAUGUCUUUGUCUUCUGGCCUGGCAUCAUCACGCAGUUGCACAACCUAAAUGAAUACGGGAACCUUAUUGAUGCAAAACCGGAUGAGAUUCAUACCGGAAUGCAGCUGCGCAAUCCACGUCUUGCUAACCUGACACCUGGUGCAGCUCUCAACGCUCUCAAGUCAGAGCUGAAGGCAUAUGCCAAGAAGUGCAAUCCAUUCUCACAUGCACUGCGUGAAGGAAUGUCCGUGUGUAAAUGUUCGGACUACAUUAAGAUCAGACAGUGGUAUCACUGGGACCCCCAGUCAACAAAGAAGGCACUGACUGUUAGCUGGCACAAUAUGGACGAGACCAUUUGUGCCCCUAGCUGGCAUGCCAAACAAGCACAAGACAGCGAAUGUGGGCCCGACAUACCAUCCUCUCCCAUCUCUGCAGACCUCCUCGAGGAUGUUCCCAACUACAAGGAUGAACGUCGAGACAAGUUUGUAGUCUCUGACCUCGUCAACCUCAAUGCACUAUUUUUGAAGGAGAUUCUUGCCAACAAGUGUCCCGAAGUACCGCGUCCAAGGGACAAGGUUAGAGUAAAACAUGUGUCGAAAGCGAGCAGUAGUGAUGGAUCAUUGGACUGGGAUAAAUGGUAG